GAGAGCCUGGAGAUUGGGGAGAGAGCCCGUGAGGCUCUCAGCUCAUACGCACGCCGCCUCUGUUUGUAUACAGUGCGCUCUCCAGCCGGCACCGCUCUCUCCUCUUGUCCUCCCUCUUCAUUGUUCUCCAAGUCAGAAGCCCCGCAGCAGUGCCAGAGAAAACAGCCUAAGGAAAGCUGAGCGCCGGUUGCAAGCUUCCUCACAGCCCCAGGUUUACCCAGGGAAAGCCACUGGGAGCCGCGCUCCCACACACAUCCCCGCCUCCCUGGACUUGUCUCCUCUCUCCUUCCCAGCUAUGACUGAGUUGCAGCACUUUGGCUGAGCCGCGCUGGGUUAUUCCGGGAUCCUAUCCACCACCCUUUGCCAAAGAUCCAUCAAAAGAAGAGGAGGGAAGCGUUCUCUCUUUCUCCACUUCCUCUCUCUUUUAAAGAUUUCUUUCUUUCUUUCCUUAAGAAAAGGGUUGAGGGAAGAAGACAUAUUUUAGUGUGAGGGAUCGCCUGACACCCAGAGCCCUAUUUCUGAGAACCCCGCCAAGAGAGUCUCUCGCCCUCUCUGCUUCUUCGACCCCUUUCCCACCCCGGGUCGCUCCAGUGGAGAAAUGAUCAUGAACCUUUCAGUGGCCGCCUGGUUCUUAUUCGGUCUGAGCCUCUGCCUCCCUCAAUUCACCAAAGGUGAUAUUUGUGACUCCAACCCAUGCGAAAAUGGAGGAAUCUGUUUGACGGGACUGGCUGAUGAAUCUUUUUCCUGUGAGUGCCCAGAUGGCUUCACAGAUCCCAAUUGCUCUAGUGUUGUGGAGGUUGCAUCUGAUGAAGAAGAGCCUACUUCAGCAGGUCCCUGUGUUCCUAACCCAUGUCAUAAUGGGGGAACGUGUGAAAUCAGUGAAGCUUACCGAGGGGAUACGUUCAUAGGAUAUGUGUGUAAAUGUCCUAGAGGAUUUAAUGGGAUCCACUGUCAACACAAUAUAAAUGAAUGUGAAUCAGAGCCCUGUAAGAAUGGUGGGAUCUGUACUGAUCUUGUUGCCAACUAUUCCUGUGAGUGUCCCGGGGAAUUUAUGGGAAGAAACUGCCAGUACAAAUGUUCUGGCCCCUUGGGAAUUGAAGGAGGGAUCAUAUCCAACCAGCAAAUCACAGCUUCAUCUACCCACCGAGCACUUUUUGGGCUGCAAAAAUGGUACCCUUACUAUGCACGACUUAACAAGAAGGGGCUUGUAAAUGCUUGGACUGCAGCAGAAAAUGACAGGUGGCCAUGGAUUCAGAUAAAUUUGCAAAGGAAGAUGAGAGUCACUGGAGUUAUCACCCAAGGAGCUAAGAGGAUUGGAAGCCCAGAAUAUAUAAAAUCCUACAAAAUUGCAUAUAGUAAUGAUGGAAAGACUUGGACAAUGUAUAAAGUAAAAGGAUCCAAUGAAGAUAUGGUGUUCCGUGGAAAUGUGGACAAUAAUACACCCUAUGCCAACUCUUUCACUCCUCCAAUAAAAUCUCAAUAUGUCCGACUGUAUCCCCAAGUGUGUCGGAGGCACUGUACUUUGAGGAUGGAGCUUCUUGGUUGUGAACUAUCUGGUUGUUCUGAGCCUCUGGGAAUGAAAUCAGGACAUAUACAAGACUAUCAGAUUACUGCUUCCAGCAUCUUCAGGACUCUCAACAUGGAUAUGUUCACUUGGGAACCCAGGAAAGCCCGGCUAGAUAAACAGGGAAAAGUGAAUGCCUGGACUUCAGGCCACAGUGACCAGUCACAAUGGCUGCAGGUGGACCUUUUAGUCCCUACCAAAGUGACUGGCAUCAUUACCCAAGGAGCUAAAGAUUUUGGUCAUGUACAAUUUGUAGGUUCCUAUAAACUGGCAUAUAGCAAUGAUGGAGACCAUUGGACCAUAUACCAAGAUGAAAAGCAAAGAAAAGAUAAGGUUUUCCAGGGCAAUUUUGACAAUGAUACACACCGAAAAAACGUCAUUGACCCUCCCAUCUAUGCACGGCACAUAAGGAUCCUUCCUUGGUCCUGGUAUGGCAGGAUCACCUUGCGGUCAGAGCUGUUGGGCUGCACCGAGGAGGACUAACAAGGCCCAGUGCUUGGAAACUCUGCUCUCUAUUUCCUGAAAAAGUAUCUCCAUAGAAUAAACUGUGCAAACCCUGUAGGAAAUUGAAUGUUUUGUUUUGUUUUGUUUUUCAUGAACAAGUGCUCAAUUUAUGGUAAGCCACUAUCUUUUUUAAGGAGGUCUAACCUGCCCUUCAAAUGGUCCAACUUGAUUUUUGUCCUUUAGAUCUGUUCACAUACAUAUUCCCUCUAACUGUUGAAUUGCAUUUCUCAUUCUACUGAGUUGUUCACACUGGCUGAAAUAUGUUAGGAAAGGAGAGUAGUGUCUUUUUUUACAGGGAAGGCUGAAUGUUCUAGUUGCCUCACUGUGGAGGUGGAGAAAGUAAGUUGAAACUAGCCUCUUACUUGUAAAAAGGGAACACUGCAAAUUAGCAAUAAGUUUUGUUUUUUCUCUUUUUUCCCCUUUCUGAAAUAACUCAGCAUUAUCUUAAUUGUUUCCUUGUGUCAACCAAACAUUGUCUGUAUUUAUUGCACAUUUUGGGGGGGAAAUCUGUGGUAUGCAGUCCUUGUUGAUAUUUUACAAUAUCAACUACCUUCCAAUUCUAGUCUUCAUUUAUUUAUAAAGCUCUUGAAGUUUUUCCCCUACAUAAUUCCAUUCUGUUUUCUUUUAUCAGUGCAUGAU